CGGCGCGCCGCCACACAGGAGUGGGCCGCUCGCCAGUAAAUUCUUUGUGUGCGCGGAUGUUCUCGUGGGGCGACGGCUCCUCUCCCACAUCGCAGCAGCUUGUCCAGGCGGCGUUGGACGAGGAGAGGGCCGCUGCACGCGUGGCGAUGAAACAGGUCGUGGCGGCGGCCGUAGCAAAGACAGAGGAGCGGCUGCGUGCCGAGCGCCGUGACGAGCUGCUGCGGGCGAGGCAAGAGGAGGCCGAGCUGAUGGCGUCGCUACGCACCGCGCGUGAGGAGGCGGAGCGGGCCGAGGCCAACUCCGACAUCCUGAGGGGCGAGCUCCGUCAAUCGGCGGCGAGGGAGGAGGAGCUGGCUUCGCUGCUCGAAGCUGAGCGAUCUGCGGGCCGCACCCUCGCCGAGGCGCUCGGCGCGGCGGAGGCUGAUGCUGCUGCCGAGGCAACUAGCGCUGCUGCCGCUGCGAGGGAGGCCGUGCUGGCCGAGAUGCGGGAGAGUGAGCCUGUUGAGGUGGCGCUGCGGGCAGCGCGGCUUGAGCACGAGCAGGAGAGGCGAGCGGCAGUGGAGGAGGCGUGGGAGCGGGCGGUCGAGGCGACGCUACAGGAGAGCGCAGCGCAGCAGCUCGCGGCGCUGGAGCGCAUGCGCGGUGAGCUCAUGGCGGCCAAGGCGGCCGCUGCCCUCCAGCUAUCAGAGGCGGACGCGCGUCACCAGGCUGAGAUGGGGGCGGAGCGUGCGCGCGCGGAAGCGGCCAUGGCGGCCAAGCUGAAAGCGCAGAGGGAGUCGCUGGUGGGGAUGGCGGCGGCGCAGCUUGACACCGACGCGCUCGUGAGCGACGCCGUGCGUGGCGCCCUCUCUGUUGUGCGCCAGCCACGCCCGGCCUCGUGACUCCCGGCUCGUUUGCAGGUGAGGUUGGUGAGCGAUGAGCACUCUCGAGCCGCCCGUCAACAGCGCGAGAUCAGCAGAGCCGCCCGUAGAGCCGCCGCGGCUGACCGCGCCAUCCUCGUCCGGGAAAUCCGCGCUCUCGAGACGGCUGCGGCGAUGGGAGAGGGGCACGCUUGAACUCAACAAUUUGUGGUACGAGUGUGUAACUGUGUAUAGACGAACAAAGAACGCAUGCAAGGG